AUGUCUCUAAAAGAACAGGAGAAAGUGCUAUCAAAAGAAUUAUUUGAUCAGUUGAAGCCUUGUUGUAUUGAAUUAUCACAAGAAUCAUUGAUACCAAACAUAAAUGAAAAUAAAAUUAUAUCUUUAUUGACUUCAAUUGAAUCAAUAUUGAAUAAUCAUUAUAAUGUAAAUCAUGAGAAUUAUUAUAGAUUAUUACCCAACAUUGCAGAUUAUAUAUUCUUUCCAAUCUCAAGUUUAUUAAAAUUGCCAAAUUUGUCAAGUGGUAUAAUACAACAUAUAUUGAAUAUCAUUUCAUUUUUAUUGGAUGAUUGUUGGAGUUAUACUCAAAAUUACACAUUAAUAGAUCAAUUAUUUCCAUUAAUAUUAUACUUAUCAUCUGAAGAUCUAACCAAAACUCCUAUUUCAAUAACGGAAAAAUCAAUUCAAUUUAAAUGUGCAGCUAUUAACGCAUUAUUCAGUAUUUCAAAAUCAGUUGAUGCUUCAUAUUAUGACAGCAAAAGACUAGUGUAUUUAAGUAAUUCGGUUACUAUAUUACUAGCAGUAAUUAACAGUACAAAACCAGAAGUACAAGAAAAUAUCGACUUAAUUAUCAAAUCAUUUGAUUUAUUACUUCAAUUAAUGAAAUUUUUAUCGUCUAGUCAACAAUCUAUGAUUUUACCAGGUAUUGUAUCAUCUAUAACAAAUUUUGUAUCAACAUACUCGAAUCUCAAUUAUCAAAUUAUAAUCAAAAUAUUACGAGUGCUAUCGAUGGUUAUAUCAUCAUCAUUCAAUGAUAAAGAUUUAAAUGCAAAAUUAAAUUUAAAUCCAAUUGAGAAUCUAUCUGAUUUACAUGCAAUCUGGGAUGAUGAUGAAAGAACAUUAGAUGAAUCAAUUAAUGAUAUUACGAUAACUGAAGUAGAUAAUAGAUCAAUGUCAUGGUUAAAAGCAACUUCAAAACAAUUAAAAACAACAUUAAUUAUACUUUUCAAAUCAAUAAUACUUAGAAAUAAAACUAGAUUACAGACAAACAAUCAAUUGAACUCAGAAGUGUUAAAUUUUGUUAUUUCAAUUUUAAAGAAUUGUUUUAUUUCAUUAUUUACUGAAUUUGCUUCAUUAUCAUUAGACAUACUAUCAUUACUAAUAUUUACAACUUAUGAAGAUAAAAUACGAGAGAAGACAAUCGGAAUAAGUAACUCAAUUAUAGAGAUUUUGGAUAGUGAAGAGAAACAAAAAGCAUUAUUCGCAUUGGUUAAAUCUAAAUUAUCUGAACUUAUUGAAUCAAAAAUAUCUACAAUUAUAUUCUCAACUGAUGAAGAUAAAAUAAUAAUGAAUUUCAUUGCAAUACAAUUCAAUUUCAUGAUACUAUACGAUUUAUCAAAAGUUCUAAAUCCAAAUUAUACUGAAUUAAAUUAUUUAAAACGUAAAUGUUUAAAUCUAUUACAGGAAUAUAUGGUAGAUAAUUAUAAAUUCGAACAUCAAAAGAAACCAAAACUGAAACUGAAAAUAAAUACAAACAAUGAAAUUAACAAAUUAGAUUCAAUUGAGUUACCAAGUUAUAUAAAUGUGAAAAAUAUAGCUACUCAAAAAAAAACUGAGAUUCCAUAUGUCAAUAAUAUUAAAAUCUUAGCACGUAAAUGGACAAAUAAUGAUUUAACAACAACAACAAAUGAAGAUAUAAAAAUAACUUCAAAGUUUCUCGAUACUACGGUCUCCAACUUCAUUCAAUUUCUUGCAUCUUUAAAUAAAGAAGACUUGGCUACUGAUGUUGAACAAAUUUUGGAAUCUUCAGAUGAUUUAUUGAAUAAAGCUGUUUCAUUAUGGAUUGCAAGUAAUUUAAUCAAAGAUAAUUUAGAUCAAGUUAAUGAGUUCAAUCCUAAUGAUUUUUUAAAUGGUAUGAACAUAGAUCAAGACCAAGAAAAUGAAGUUGCAAGUCUAAUUUUAAUGACUUCAGAAGAAAUAAUAUCAAAUAUAGACAUGGAUAAUCCAAAUGAAAUAGCAUUCACUUCAGCAUUAAAAGCAAUAAGUACAAUAGUGGGAACAAUGACACUAGACAGUUUCAGAACUAAUUUAUUAAUGGACCAUUUAAUAUAUUUAUUUCAAGCAUUGACAUUGACUAAUCAUCCUACAAUACAACACCAAGCGCAGCUCACAAUCAAAAAAAUAUUAGAUACGUAUUACAACGGAUCCAUGGUCAGUUUGGUACUUGAUAAUGCCGAUUAUUUAAUUGAUUCAAUAUCGUUACUUAUGUCAGUAGCAAGUCAAUUAACUCCAAUGUUGCCUGGAAUAUUAUUAAUUAUUACUAAAGUUGCCGGUAUUCAAUUACUCGAAAGUAACCAAUUAAAUGAUAUAAUUACAGACAUGUUUGUAAUUAUUGAUUCGUAUCAUGGAUAUACUAAGAUUGUCGAAAGUUUCUUUAUUGUAUUUGAAGCAUUAAUUGAACAAAUAGUAAAUUACUACAAUAUCAAAACUCAAAUUGAAGAUGAUCCAAGUAGGAAUAAAUCAAUGUAUAAACCAUGGGGAAUGACAAACGAAGCUCAACUAAAAAAAUUCCUAAAAAACCAUUUACUGGAACCUGCUGAAGAAGAGGAGAAGUUCUUUGAACGACCAGCAGAUAAACCAUUCUCCGAAAUAAAGGAUUCAGACGAUGAAGAUAGUGAUGAUGAACAACUAGAGAAAGAAGAACCAUGGACAUCACCAAUCCCUAAAAAUAUCUAUAUGAUGCUUCAGAAAAUAUUCAAAUACGGAUUUGUACUAAUUUCACAGCCUUCACAUUCAUUACAGGGACAAAUUUUAAAAUGUUUGAAUCUAAUCUAUCCAUUACUAAGUACGAAUUAUAAUCAAAUCCUACCUAUCAUAACAUCAAAUUGGCCCCAUUUAGUUGCAUUAAUAACUAAUUCAAAUUCAUUAUCCACCACAAUCACAAAUAAUUAUUAUUCACUGGAGGAUAUAAAUUUAAUUAUUCAAUCGUUGAAAUUCGUCAGUAAGAUAUUGAAAGAAGAUAGAGAUAGGGAGGAAUUCUUCUUUUCUAGAAAAUUUCAAGAGACUUGGGAUUUUAUAUCGAAUUAUUCAAGUUUAAAACUGGGAAAAUCAGAUGGAGGUCAAUUAGUUUCCAAAAAUGCUGUAUUGACAUUUAGAAAUUAUCCGAAAUUGAAACAUUCAUUGAUUGAAUUUUUAAUAUUGGGUGUUCAGAAUUAUGAACGACAAAUUAGUGAUUCGAGAAGAUAUGAUAUUGUUAAGUUGUGUUAUUGGUUGAAUAUUCCUGAUGAUAUUGAAUUAUCGAGAGAUACUUUAUGUAUUAUAGAGGUAUUGAAGUCUAAUUAA